AUGUUCGAAUUUAUACACCAUGUUCGUAUCCUAGUCCACGACGCCGACGAGAUGGCCAAAUACAUCGAGGACAAAUUCGGCAUGACGCCGGAAAAAGUGCAGGUUUACGAAGCGCGCGGGAUGAAAAACGCCAUCUACAAGGUGGGGCAGACCAACGUGGAAUUCACCGAACCGCUGGAUAUGGACUCGGCGAUGGGACAGUACCUGAAAACCUUCGGCCCCGGCCCGUAUCACAUGGCCUUUGGGGUGACGGACGUUGAGGGCAAAUCCGCGGAACUGGCCGCCAGGGGCACCGGACUGCGCGGCGAAAACGGUCUGUCCCGCAGCGCGGAAGGCUACAUGACCGCCAAUAUAGAUGCCGCCAGCGCCCUGGGAUUCCCAUUCCAGCUGGCCGAAGUGCACGACCGCGAUGCGAUGGUCGAUUACAUUCGCCAAAAUUUCGGUAUGGAGCCCGACGACCUGAACGUCAUCGAGGGACGCGGUAUGAGAGAUGCGCUGUACCGGGCCGGGGAAACCCUCAUCGAGAUAACCGAGCCGCUGGACCCGGAAUCGGGCAUCGCCAAACAUCUGGCCGACCACGGCCCAGGCGUGUAUCACGUUGCAUUUGGGGUGGAUAACGUCCGGCAAGUCUCUGCUGACCUGGCUGCCAAGGGCAACCUGAUGCGCGGUGAAGGCGGCGUUACGCAAAGCCCCCGCGGUUACACGACCGCCAACAUCGACCCGGAAAGCAGUCUGGGAUUGUGGUUCCAACUUGCCGAGGGAUAA